GAAGCUGAUCAUCUGAAGCUGCAGGAAGCUGAUCAUCUGAAGCUGCAGGAAGCUGAUCAUCUGAAGCUGCAGGAAGCUGAUCCUCUGAAGCUGCAGGAAGCUGAUCGUCUGAAGCUGCAGGAAGCUGACCCGGCAGGGUUCUUACGGCUUCCUGAUAAAACAUUUCUGUUGCAGUUCUGGAUGACUGUCAAGCCUCUGGUGGAGGUGGUCCGUCUGGGCCUGGUCCCCUAUAAGGAGGGUCUGAGGCUGCAGCAGGUCUAUGUGAACCGGCACCGGUCCGCUCCAGCCCAUGCACUGCUGCUCUGUCAGCACUCGCCAGUCUACACCACUGGGAUCCGGCACAAACCAUACCCUGGUCCCCUUCUGGACCAGCUUCGCCAGCUGGGAUCCGACGUCCACCGCGCAAACAGAGGAGGACUUAUCACCUUCCAUGGACCGGGGCAGCUGGUCUGUUACCCGGUUCUGAACCUGGGGAGCUUCAAGAAGAGUGUUCGUUGGUACGUCAGCCAGCUGGAGAAGACCAUCAUCACCCUCUGCGGCAGGUUCGGUGUAGAAGCAGCAUCAUCACCUCACACCGGAGUUUGGGUCGGAGACAACAAGAUCUGUGCCAUUGGAAUCCACUGUGGGCAUUACGUCACGUCUCAUGGUUUGGCUCUGAACUGUAACACAGACCUGUCGUGGUUCGGCCACAUCGUGCCGUGUGGGAUUGAAGGCAAAGGCGUGACUUCGCUGAGCAGAGAGCUGCAGAGAGACGUCGGCGUGCAGGAAGCCAUCCCUCACCUGCUUGAUGCCUUCAAAGAGCAGUUCAACUGUCAGCUGACUGAAGGAGAAACCCCAGAACCUGAACAGAACUUUGGCGUGUCGUCUGCAUAGAAAAAGUUAGACAUAGAGCUCAAAUGGCCUCAUGAUGGAGUUUUUAUUUGAGUAUCAGGAACACUAAAGCUGCUGUUUGCUAAUCUAAAAUAUGAAAUAUGAAUGAGACGAUGAGCUUAUUGUUCUCCUGUUUGGUGCUUGUCUGAUUCAGAACAAAAGAUUAAACCAAAUGGUUGGAAAUUC